AUGGCGAGAUCUCCGUCCAGUUCAAGCUCCAGCUCGGCCUCUUCCGAUGACUCGAAGCCUCUCUUCCCAGCCGAUGGCAAAAGCAAAUCUCGUUCUCCAAGCCGAACCUCUGAUCGGAGCAGCAAGUCGAGCAAGUCUCCGGUCAAGCGACGCAGAAGCCGAAGCGGAUCUCGGGAUCCACCAGCAAGAUAUUCUUCAAGACCAGUUAAAAGGAGCCGUUCUCCGAUUCAAGACCGUAGGCGUAAGCGCUCUACUUCUGUCAAGAAAGAGAGGAGCCCGAGCCCAGUGAAGAGAAGGAGCCCCAGCCCUGCGAGGAGGAGAAGCCCCCCACGGAGACGCGAACGCUCAACUUCUGCGAAAAAGGAAAGGAGCUCGAGCCCGGUGAAGAGGAGGAGCCCCAGCCCCUCGAGGAGGAGAAGCCCUCCCAGAAGACGUCAGCGUAGCAGAAGCAACGAUCGGGGACCACCUCCUCGUGAUCGUGAUCGCCGCCGUUCACGCUCACCGCCUCCUCGACGUGGUGACAGUCCUCCAUGGAAGUCGGAAAAAAGAUCAACCAGGCGACGAUCGCGCUCCGGAAGCCCCGAGGAUGAUGACGACAAGAGAAAGCGUGGCGAAUCGGAGUGGAAAAUCAAAGAGGACCAGAAAUGGAAAAAGCGCAGAGACCACCGUGAAGCGAUCGCCGAGGAGGGUGUGCAAAAGGUGUGGGGAAUGUCGCCGACCCACGACGAUAUUCAGCACGUCUACGUUUUGCUAGAAGAAACUGAGCGGAUGCGGGAAGAGGAGACCAAGAAAUUCGAGAAGCAGCAAAAGGAGCGAGACAGGGAGCGCAAGGAAAAGAUGAAAGCGGAAGGCAAACAUAAUUUUUCCAAAUUUAUCUUUCCUCAGGAUUCAACGUGUCGGACAGAAGAGAAAAAGAAAAAGAAGGCGAAGAAACAGAAGAAGGAAAAGAAGGCCAAAAAGGACAAGAAGAAGAAGGCCAAGAAGCGCAAGGCAGAUUCUGAUUCCGAUGACGACAAGAAGAAAGACAAAAAGAAGAAGAAGAAAAAGAAGCGCGAGGCCGAGGAAGUGGAGUACGUGCCCAAAUCCGAAUCUGAAGAGGAAAUGGCCGGUCCGGCGAUUCCGCAAGACAUCAUCGACAGCGACAAGGCGUACCACGACAUUGAGCGGCAAUUGAAACAAAGCAAGGAUAUGCUCCGGGGUGAAGCCGCGGCGAUGGCGGCUUACGUGGCUCGCGGUGAGCGGAUUCCGCGUCGAGGCGAGAUUGGUCUGAGUAGCAACGAGAUCUCCUACUUUGAACGGGCUGGCUAUGUGAUGUCGGGUACUCGCCACAAAGCGAUGGAAGCGACGCGGUUGCGCAAGGAAAACCAGGUCCUAACCGCCGACGAGAAGCGCCUGCUCAGCGGCUUCUCCCAGGAAGAGCGUCGCAAGAAGGAGGAGGCCGUCAUGUCCCAAUUCCGGCAACUCAUCGACGCCAAUCGCAAA